AUGGAUGCUGACAAAACAUCCGAAAAUGAAUUGUCUUUAACUACAAGUGAUAGUUUUUGGGAGAUUGGAAAAUAUCAUCGAGUUGUUAAGCGAUGCGAUGAUGGAAAUAAAUUAACAACCGAUUUAAUGAGUAUGAUAACGGAACGUGCUGAAUUAGAAAAACAAUUUUCAAAAAUGUUAAAAAAUUGGUCAAAAAAAUGGUCAGAUUAUGUACAAAAAUCAUCAGAAUUUGGCACAAUGUUAACCGCCUGGAAAGCAGUUAUGAAUGAAGCUGAUGGAUCAGGUGAUUUACAUUUGAAUGUGCAUGAUGAACUACAAUCAGACGUUAUUCCGACAAUAAAACAAUGGCAAAAAACGAAAUAUGUCAAAUCAAUGAUGCAUAUUAAACCAACAAAAGAUUUUGAAGAAGAAUUUAAACGAGCACAAAAACCCUGGGCAAAAUUAUAUACAAAAGUUGAUAAAUAUAAACGUGAAUAUCAUACAGCAACAAAAAAUUUAAAAAUGGCCGAAACACAAGAGAAUAAUUCAAAAUUAGAUGCUGCUGUGACACUUGAGCAAAAACAAAAAGCAACAGACAAAGUUGAUAAAUGUCGAAAAGAAAAAGAAGGAGCUAAACAAAAAUAUACGGAAGCUAUACAAGAAUUAAAUCGAUAUAAUCCAAAAUAUAUGGAUGAUAUGAAUGAAGUAUUUAUGAGAUGUCAAGCUUUCGAAAAAGAUCGUUUAACUAGUUUUCGAGAUUUUAUUGGUAAAACUCAAAAAUGUCUCGAUUUAAGUAGUCGCCCUCAAUUACCAACUAUAGUUCAACAAUUUUCUCAAUCAAUAAAAAGUAUGGAUGCGGAUACAGAUCUGAGAGUGUGGUCAGAUACUAAUGGUGCAGGAAUGAAAAUGAAUUGGCCAAUAUUCGAAGAUCAUGUACACGUAUUUUCCGAGAUGAAUCAUCAUCGUCUUCCAUCUCAAUCAGCUACACUCAAUCAUAACAAUAAACAUUUAUCAACAACCACUACAUACUGCUCCCAUUGUAAUGGAAAUAAUAACCAUAGGAAUAAUAGCGGUACAAACAAUAACUGUGAUAUUGAUGAGAGAAAUAAGAAGCGUUUAUCCAAAGUACAUUUAUCAAACGUUGUUAGUCAACGUAGUUUACAUCUACGUCAUCCAACCAUUCAUUUAUCAUCGUAUGAUAAUCGAGUAUUAAUUGAUUCAUAUGCAACAAUAAGACGUUCAAUACGUCGAACAGGACAAAUGGCUUAUGCAGCUGUAACAAGAGUUCGUGAUUUGGCAAGUACAACAACAACAACAACAAUAAAUGGAAUUAAAACUGAUCAAGAAGAAUAUUCAGAAACUAAUCGUACGUUAUCUCGUCGUGGAAAAGGUGAUAUUGAAAAAGAUCCCGUUAUAAUGACGGCAAUUCGACCAAAUCAGACAACAUCUGUUGGUCAGCAAUUGUCAACAACAUCUUCAAAUGAAAGUUAUGGUCGUGCUUCCGUAAAUAAUGCUGCAUUCAAUGAAGGAGAUUUUUCUCCGUGUAUAUCAUCCUCAACACCAUCAUCACCUUAUCUGAGUGGGACUAAUCAUGGUUCUGCUAAUAUGACAACAAAUCCACUAUCAUCCUAUAUGAAUACGGAUACGAUACCGCAACCUAACACAGGUUGGGCAUCGUGGUCCAAUGAAGACACUAAAACUGUGACAGCACAAACUGCACAGGCAGUUUCUCCAAAGUAUCCGGAUGAAAAAAAUCCUUUCGAUGACAAUAGUGUUUCAUCAUCUGCCUCAUCUGAUCCGGCUUAUUCAACCACCAAUGGUGGUGGAAAUUCAUCAUUACAAUCAUCUUUGCCACAACAACAUCAGUCAAUUCAACAAACUCCAUCCUAUCCACAAACGGUAAAUCCGUUUUAUGAUGAUGAUGAAGAUGAAUCUUUGCCACCGCAAACAUCAUCGCAUAUGUCUGAAGGUGUCACUGUUCGAGCACUGUAUGAUUAUGAUGCACAAGAACAAGACGAACUUUCAUUCAAACAAGGCGAUCUAUUUACUAAACUUGAGGACGAAGAUGAUCAAGCUGUUGUUAAAUCAUCAUUAUAUCAAAUGAUACUUACAACCUUUGGUGAUAGUGGCAAAGCGUAA